AAGAUCCAUUUUCCCAAGAAAAAAUGGAAUUCCACAUGACAUUUUUCUGGGGAAAGUCGGCGGAGAUUCUGUUCGCCGGCUGGCCUGGCCGGAACUCACUCUCUUACGCCAUCGCCUUAGUCUUCGUCUUUCUCGUAGCCUUCGCCGUGGAGUGGCUGUCGCACACUAAACUCACCGCCUCUGUCGCCGAUGACGUCUUCGCCGGCUUUGUUCAGACCGCCCUGUACGGCGUCCGGGUGGGGUUGGCUUUUGUCGUCAUGCUGGCCGUCAUGUCAUUCAAUGUCGGAGUCCUGCUUGCGGCGGUGGCCGGGUAUUCGGUCGGGUUCUUGGUUUAUGGGAGCCGGGUUUUUAAUAGAUCCAAAAUUGACCUAAAUUUGAAUAUGUCUGAUAUACCACCGCUUAAUUGUUAAUAGAGUGGAAGUUUGGAAUCAUAAUAUACAUAUAUAUUUGCCUA